CUUUUUUCAUCUUUUCUGAAAAUCGAGCUCUCUUUUCUCUCUCUUUCUCUCUCCUCUUUUUUGGCCCCCAAGUCUGUUUACCACUCUCUAUCUCUCUCUAGACGCAAGAGAGAGUAGAAAGAGUGAAGUAGUAGCUGGGCAGAGAGGUAAAUUAUUAUGGCGAUGAUGAUGAAGAAAUGGCUGAGCUGAUGAUAAUAAUGAUUAAUGGCUCAACAAAGCAUGCCCAACAAUGCGGACAACAAUGGCGGUGGCCAACACCACCACCACCACCAACAACAACAACAACCAAAACACGAGAAUCAACUUCUACUGGCGAAGCCCAUUUUCCAUGACUUCUUCGGCGCGAAGCCCAACGACUCCUCCGCCGUGGGCUUCGGCCCAAAAGCCGCCGAGCCCUCGCCCUCCGCCUCCGCCUCCGCCUCGGCCUCCUUUGGAGCUUCCUCCGCCGGCGGCCGUGGUCCCAUCUCCACCACCUCUGAUCUGGCCUCCGAGAGACGGGGUGGAAAUCAUCUGGAAGGGGUUCCAUUCUAUGGUGCAAGGAGUGAUAUAUCUGGGCCAGAAAUAAGUAACAAGAUAGUAGGAAGUAAGAGAAGUAAUUCAGACACUACUUUUAUGGGGCCAUCCAGAGAUGGGAUUCCUCAAAUGGGACCAGACUCGCUUGAGGGCUCUCAGUUGUUGAAGCUACUUAGAAACGGAGCCGGAGGAGAAAGAAUUAGAAGAUUCAAUGAGGAAGAGGUGGUCUUUGGUUCACAGCAAAUAAGGCCUACUUCUGCUUCUCUCAUAUUUCAGCCUCCCUCAGGUGUUUCCAAAUUGGACCGAUCUAUUCCCAUGAAUGCAGGUCCAACAGUACAGUACCCUCCCCGUGGGGGUCAUUUCGUGCCAUUUGUGGCUCAAGUACCUUCUAACAGGUUUAGAGAUGCCAAUGCCAGUCCUACAAAUAUAUCUCAGUCAGCUGCUGAUGAGGGAUCUAGAACUGGAAUUAAAGGCCCUGGUAUUUUGAGUUCCAUUAAUGCCGGUGGUGGUUCUUCUGAGAGAAACGUGUCUGGGGCACUGCCCAGUGGUAGCAGGCAAAAGGGUGUGACUAUUAUCUCAGAACCGGAAUCUUCAAAUCCCUCAAGUCGACAUGGAUUUGCUGGUAGUCGGCAGAUGACUAUAUUUUAUGGUGGCCAAGCUCAUGUCUUCGAUGACGUUCAUCCAAACAAGGCAGAUGUUAUAGUGGCCUUAGCAGGAUCAAAUGGAGGAUCUUGGUCAACAACCUUCUCGCCAAAAUCUACAGUGAAGCUUGCUGGUGAAACUCAUGUGCCCGGUGGGGAGGUCGAAACUGGUAAUGCCAAUAACAUGGCGCUUCUGCGAGAAUAUCGCGGGAGAUUAAGCAUUCCCGGAAGCUCUAAUCAAGGAGUAGGUUUUGGUGACCGAAUGCCAACUCCAACCGGUGGCCAUCAAGUCAGCACUGCAACCACUUCCAUGAGAAACUCGGUUCAAGCUGCUGAGCCCACGUCCAAAGAAAAAAGUGAGCUGUGAUGUUGGGCAGAGGCUGUAGUAUUAUUUAUUUAAAAUCUAUUAACAUCCCUUUUGAGAGAAGGGGAGAGGAAAAAAUUUUCUUGGGAAUGAAUUUGUUAUUUACAUUUGUCUGUCUCCCCUUCUUUUUUCUUUUGCUUUUCUAAUUUUAUGUUGAAGCAGGUAUAGGUGGGUUGGUUUUCUUGUUUAUAGAAACCCACUAAUUUUAUAGUUUCAGAUCCGGAUAAAUAUGAAUCAUAGCUCCAACACCUCUAGCUUUUAGUUUGCUGAAGGAGUGUUUUUUCAUAGCCAAUCUGCAUUACCCUUUUUUUGGGUUAAUCAUAGAAAUGGUCUCUGAAUUUUGUUGCCAAU